AUGGAGCUCAUUGGAGACUGUGAUUGGUCAGAGGAAGGCCAGGGCGUGGCUUACCUACAUGCUGCUUCCUGGAGUCUCCAAGGGCUCACCUGGUGUCACUUGCCCCAGGGCAGAGAUCGGGGGCGCUGCCGCUGCAGAGACGAUGCCCACGAUGCGGGGGAUGUACUGGAGUGGUCACGGGAGCAAAGUGCUCCGUUGGCCUGCCUUUGCUACUCUCAGCUGGACGAGGGGACAAGGAGGGGUCACUGGGCAACAGGACGAGUGGGGAACAUGGACUUCACUGACACCAGUAGGACAAGGGGAAAGGGGGCGAUACCGCUGCAGAGACGAUGCCCACGAUGCGGGGAUGUACUGGAGUGGUCACGGGAGCAAAGUGCGCUGUUGGCCUGCCGUUGCUACUCUCAGCUGGACGAGGCCGUGGAGAGUGUGGCUGAAGGCCGAGGCCGAGGUGCUAGCAGAGGGGACAAGGAGAGGGGCCACUGGGCAGCAGGACGAGUGGGGGACAUUGACUUCACUGGCACCAGUAGGACAAGGGGAAAGUUUGUGAGGGUUCACAGCUCCACAGAUCCAGUGUUAAUCUACCAGAUGCUGACAGAGCAGUGGGGACUAGCCCCUCCACACCUGGUGGUGGCUCUGGUGGGGGGAGACGAGCUGGCUCAGAUGAAACCCUGGCUCAGGGACACCGUGAGGAAAGGACUGGUCAAGGCUGCUCAGAGCACAGGUGCCUGGAUCCUGACCAACGGGCUUCGCUUCGGCAUCACCAAGCACCUGGGCCAGGCUGUCCGGGACCACUCUCUGGCCAGCACCUCCUCUAAGGUCAAGGUGGUGGCCAUCGGCAUCGCUCCCUGGAACAUGAUCCACCACAGAGACGCGCUGCUUGCUGCUAAGCCAGACCAGCCUGCCGUGGUGGAGCCCCAGGACCUGCCCCAUGGGGCGGUGUACUCCCUGGACUGCAACCACUCCCACUUUGUCCUGGUUGAGGAGGACCCUCAGCGCCCCGGUGCCACCAGCGACAUGAGAGUCAAGCUGCUGAAGCACAUCUCCCUGCAGCGCACCGGUUACGGAGGUGCAGGUAGUUUUGAGAUCCCAGUGCUGUGUCUCCUGGUGCAUGGAGAACCCCGGAUCCUACAGAGGAUGUAUAGGGGUAUAGGGAACGCCAUGCCCUGGCUGAUACUGGCGGGGUCGGGGGGUGUGGCCGACAUCCUGGUCACGCUGAUGAACCGGGGCUGCUGGGACAUGGACAGCGUUCAGGAGCUCCUGCUAGACACCUUUCCCAGCGUGCACCACAGCACUGACAUCACCAACUGGACCAAGCUGAUCCAGAAGAUACUGGACAACGGCCACCUCCUGACAGUUCAUGACCCCGAGCAGGAGAGCUCUGAGCUGGACACAGUCAUCCUCAAAGCCUUGGUCAAAGCCUGUAAGAGCCAGAGUCAGGAAGCUCAGGACUUCCUGGAUGAGCUGAAGUUGGCGGUGGCCUGGAACCGGGUGGACAUCGCUAAGAGCCACAUCUUCAACGGGGACGUGGAGUGGACGGCAGGUGACCUGGAGGAGGUGAUGAUGGACGCGCUGGUCAAUGACAAGCCCGACUUUGUGCGUCUAUUUGUGGACAACGGCGUGUGUCUGGGCGAGUUCCUGACCUACGGCCGCCUACAGGAGCUCUACUGCUCCGUGUCAGAGAAGAGCCUCCUUCAUCUCCUCCUCAUGAAGAAGCACCAGGAGAAACAGCUCCUACUGAAGGCAACACGGACCCCUGGACCCCCUCACGACCACCACAAGGCCGAGCCCGGGGACCGGAAGGCCCGCUUCACCCUGCACGAGGUGUCCAAAGUGCUGAAAGACUUCCUGCACGACUCGUGUAAAGGCUUCUAUCAGAAGCUGCCCACGGAGAAGACAGGCAAGAAGGCAGGCCGUCUGUUUAACAACCAGAAGAGCCUGGCUGAGCUGGAGGAGCGCUGUGAGCACCCCUGGAGGGACCUGUUCCUCUGGGCUGUUCUCCAGAACCGCCAGCAGAUGGCUAACUACUUCUGGGCCAUGGGUCCUGAGGCUGUAGCUGCAGCUCUAGCUGGUUGUAAGAUCCUGAAAGAGAUGUCUGGCCUGGAGUCAGAGGCAGAGUCAGCACGCAGCAUGAAGGAGGCCAAGUAUGAGCAGUUUGCCCUAGAUCUGUUUGGGGAGUGCUACUCUAACAGUGAGGACAGGGCCUAUGCUCUUCUGGUGAGAAGGACCCGCUGCUGGAAUCAAUCCACCGUCCUCAACCUGGCAACCGAGGCUGACGCCAAGUGCUUCUUCGCCCACGAUGGAGUUCAGGGGUUCCUCACUAAGAUCUGGUGGGGGGCGAUGACUACAGACACAGCCAUCUCCAAACUGGUGCUGUCUUUCUUCUGUCCCCCUCUCAUCUGGACCAACCUCAUCAAGUUCAGUGAUGAGGAGCUAGACAGUCGUGGUGGAGGAGAGGAGCAGUAUGUGGAACUAGACAGUCUGGACACAGAAAAGGCCCUGCUACUAACAGACAAUGACCCUUUGUGAGGCCAGAGCAGCGCCGCCGUGUGGUGGCGUUUCCUGCUGCGUCGCUGGCGUCGCUUCUGGAGUGCCCCGGUCACUGUGUUCCUAGGCAACGUCAUCAUGUACUUUGCUUUCCUCAUCCUGUUCACCUACGUGCUCCUGCUGGACUUUCGUCCUCCGCCCCCCGCGGGCCCUGGGGCCCCUGAGAUCAUGCUCUACUUCUGGGUCUUCACCCUGGUGCUGGAGGAGCUGAGACAGAGUUUCUUCACAGACGAAGACAUGAGCAUCCUGAAGAAAUUCAAGCUGUACGUGGAGGACAACUGGAACAAGUGUGACAUGGUGGCCAUCUCACUCUUCGUAAUCAGUGUGUCCUGCAGGAUGAUGAAAGACACGUAUGAGGCAGGACGAACGGUUCUGGCGCUGGACUUCAUGGUGUUCACACUGCGUCUCAUCCACAUCUUCGCCAUCCACAAGCAACUGGGGCCCAAGAUUAUCAUUGUGGAGAGGAUGAUGAAGGAUGUGUUCUUCUUCCUGUUCUUCCUGAGUGUGUGGCUCAUAGCGUACGGCGUGGCUACUCAGGCCCUUCUCCACCCCAACGACCCGCGCCUAGACUGGGUGUUUCGCAGGGUCCUGUAUCGACCCUACCUGCACAUCUUUGGCCAGAUCCCACUGGAGGAGAUUGACGUGGCACGGAUGCCCGAGACCAACUGCACCACAGUGAUAGAGGAGAUCAUCAUGGGAACUCUGCCCCCUUGUCCCAACAUCUACGCCAACUGGCUGGUCAUCCUACUGCUGGUCAUCUUCUUACUGGUUACCAACGUUCUGCUGCUCAACCUCCUCAUCGCCAUGUUCAGCUACACGUUCCAGGUGGUGCAGGGCAAGACAGACAUCUUCUGGAAGUUCCAGAGGUACAACCUGAUCGUGGAGUACCACAGCCGGCCUGCCUUAGCCCCGCCCUUCAUCAUCAUCAGCCACUGCUCCCAGCUGCUCCUCAGCCUGGUCAAGAGGCCUGAGCCCAAACUGGAGCAACUAG